UGCUUUAUAAAAUACGUCUCCCAAACUGCUGCACAUAUCAUCGCAUCCGGGGUGCGGGAAGCGCAGGAUUUCCUGGUUCUGUUGCUCAACUGGACACAUCCAAGUUUUAGAUUCGCAGAGGUACCUAGCUCAUUUUAACAUCCAUCGAUUUAAUGUCUUAAUCAAAACCUUCUCAUCUGUACGUGCCCUAGACUACACCUUGCCGUAGUUAGUCUGAAGUAAGUCAUUAAAGAUGUCCGAAGCCACAGUGGCCGAUACUCGUCGGUUAAACUCUAAACCGCAGGACCUGACGGACGCCUACGGCCCUCCCAGCAACUUUCUGGAAAUCGACGUGUACGACCCCCAGACUAUAGGAGUCGGCCGCAAUCGCUUCACCACUUACGAAGUCCGGAUGAGGACAAAUCUUCCCAUUUUUAAACUGAAGGAGUCGUGUGUUAGACGAAGAUACAGCGACUUCGAGUGGCUGAAGAAUGAGCUGGAAAGAGACAGCAAGAUUGUUGUGCCUCCAUUGCCUGGAAAGGCAUUGAAGAGACAGCUUCCCUUCCGUGGAGAUGAGGGCAUUUUUGAGGAGUCCUUCAUUGAGGAGAGACGAGCUGGGCUUGAACAGUUCAUCAACAGAAUUGCAGGUCAUCCUUUGGCCCAGAACGAACGCUGUCUUCACAUGUUCCUGCAGGAAGAAAGUAUUGACCGGAACUACAUUCCUGGAAAAGUGUGAAUGAGGCCUGUGAUCCAAAGGUUUUGGUAAACCCCCCUCCUCGUCCUGGACCCAUCUGCUCUACCAGCUCUUUUCUGCACAUCAGUCAAAGCCUUUCACAGCUGCUGUCCAUGAUAUUCUGUAUAUAUUUCUAUUCUCUAAUAGAACUACAACACCUGUUUCACCCUGAGGAUGAACUCAUCUUAAUGCUGUAUUUAUACCUCAUGCAUUCUUUUUGUGGAAAGACACAUUCUUUUUUGCUGAUCUUUAAGCAAAUAUUCCUUUCUCUAAAAACAGUGCUUUCUGUGUUUAUUCUGGUUAAAACUCCUGGCUUAAAUCCUUUCAGCCAAAAAUGUAUAUGUAUAUUAUAGAGAGAAUUUGAUCAGGCCGCAUGACAUUCCUCAGUGUAUUUUUAAUUUCAAGUUUAAGUC